AUGUCGAUCAGCCCGACCGACCCUUCUGGGUCCUCAAGCACCGUGGCAACUCAAUUUGAGCCCUACCAAUCGGCCUCCUUUCAGCAGAUGCGAAGUCGCAUGCACUCGCUCUCCUCCUCCUCCCCAACACACUCGUCGACGAUCGCCGAUAAGGAGCUCAACACGACCGUUGGACCUCUUGCACCUUCAAUUGACGCAGCUGCAGAUCUGUCAUCGCAAAGAGACGUCUCUAUGACGCCCUCGCCACCAGCCAGCGAGUGUUCGUGCCGUGAUCUUGUUUUGUCAGGAUCUCAGACUCCAUUAUCACAGGCCUCCGACUCGAGUGCCAGCAGCUGCACGGACGUCGACCCAUUCAAGCGACAUACGACCGCCUCGCCAACCUUUGCAUCCCGCAAGCUGACCUCCUCGGCCCGAGUCAGGCCCACUCUUGCUUCCAAGCGCGUCCUCUCAGAAGGCGACAUCAUCCUGCCGCGCCCGGACAAGAGGAGCCGAGCCGGCAACGAUCCAAGUACGCGAAAGCGAUCCGCCGACCUGGUCUCUCGCUCUCGCGCCGCUAUCCACUCCUCGCCCAUACCAGCUGAGUCGUCCAUCGUUUCAUGGCGCAUGGCUCGCAAGCAGCAUCGCGAGCGCCAGCUUGCUCGACGCAACAAAGACAAAGCUGCCAAGGCCAAGUCCGCAGCAACACCUCCAUCCCAAACGAAGCAGGAUGUGCUCCCCGAGCUUCGACUGCUAUCGGCAACUCGCACUGCUCCCAUCGGAUGGUCGCAGUUCAGUGGAGCCGCUGCCUUUGCGCCGCACAUGGUCGAGGUGUACGACGAACGGGAUGCUAAAUGUGCUCCUGAGAGACAGCGCUUCUGGCCCAUCAUCGAUCACCAACUCGACUACACCGGCGCACGCAUGCUCUCGCUGUCCAACGGCACUUUUCACCUGUCCGAGCCUUGUGCAAAGCCGUUGCUCGACGAGCCGAUCUCUCCCAAAUCAGGUCUGCCGUUGCGUCAGCUUGCCAUGCCAGCGUAUACGCAGCCUAUCGGCUCGUCGGACGAGGAUCGGUCUCCCGUCACACCGGAUGCCCCCACCCACCGAGCAGCACGUUCUCCGACCCGUCCAUCGCGUCAGGCACGUAAAGCGGUAGCAAAAGAGUCGCAGCGCAAAGCGAGGAUCCCCCUCUCCCCAUCGGCGACCCUUUCGGCCGUCAUCGACUUCACCCGCGCCCAAGCCAGCGCGAAGCAGCACCCGGAACCGGCGCGCAACGCCUACGGCCAGCUGAUCCACUCCCCACCCUCCCCACCAGUCAAACCUCAGCAUAGCCUGGCACCGCAUGCGCCGCUGCGCAUCGCACCUCGCUCCGUCCCUCGAAGCAGAGACUACUUUGGCCACUGGGAGACGUACCUCUGCCACUUUGGCAAGGAGUCGACCUUCUAG